AUGCGCGUUACUACCCUCCUAGGCCUGAGCGCCUACGCCGUCGCCGAGGCGAGCUGUUCGCGCAACAUCAUCUACUACGACCAGUGGCACACCGCGGAUCUGCCCCCCAAGGACAUCACCCACAGCGUCACCCACGUCAUGAUGACCUUUGCCAACUCUUCGCUCUUCACCACUGAGCCUGCUGGCAAGUACGAGCCUUUCCAGCCUCUCAAGCAGGUCCGCGCUCUGUUUGAUCACGACGUCAAGGUCUGUAUGACUAUUGGUGGCUGGGGCGACAAUGCCGGUUUCGACGAGGCUCUCAAGACCGACAAGAGCCGUCAGACGUUUGCUCGUGGCGUUGCUUCUAAUCUUGAUAGACUCGGUUUCGACUGUGUUGAUAUCGAUCUGGAGUACCCUGCUGGUAACGGCGCCGACUACAAGCAGGUCGUCAACUCCAAGAAGGCCUACGAGAUCAAGGCCUUCCCCAAGCUCCUCAAGGAGAUCAAGAAGUUCAUCGGCUCCAAGGAACUCUCCAUCGCUGUCCCCGGUCUCGAGCGUGACAUGAUCGCCUAUAUUCCCAGCGAGACCCCUCUCAUCGAAAAGUCCGUCGACUUUGUCAACGUCAUGACCUACGAUCUCAUGAAUCGCCGUGACCACUACACGACCCACCACGUCUCCGUCAAGGGAGCCACCCGUGCCAUCGACAAGUAUCUCUCCCUCGGUUUCCCCGCCCACAAGCUCGUCCUCGGCAUCCCCUUCUACGCCAAGUGGUUCACCACCAAGAGUGGCUACAAGUGCACCAACCCCAUCGGCUGCCCUACUGAGCUCCUCGAGGCCGCCGACGGUAGCGACACCGGCAAGUCCGGCUCUACGACUUUCGAGGCUGCCAACUUUGCCUCUGCUCCCGCCAACGUGACUGCUACUCCUGAUGCUACCUGCGGUGCUGGCACUUUCUUCAAGUGCGCCACCGGAUCUUGCUGCGGCGCUUCCGGCUGGUGUGGUGAUACCCCUGCUCACUGCGGUACUGGCUGCCAGUUUGGUUACGGAAAGUGUGAUGGCAUUGAUAUCUCCGCUUCAUUCCAAGAGGCUAUGGAGAAGGGCAAGACUGACAAGGUCAACGGAGGACAGUGGUACUGGGAUGGCCCCAACCGCAUCUUCUGGUCCUGGGACACCCCUGAGCUCAUCACUGAGAAGAUCAACCUCCUUGCCAAGACCCGCGGUAUCAAGAGCGUCAUGGCCUGGGCUCUCGCUCAAGACAGCCAUGACUGGAGCCACCUCAAGGCUAUGCAGCAGGGCUUCGACCGUGUCAACGCUUAG